UAUAUAUUAAAUAAUAAAAUUGAAUGAGUGCACCUAAAAAAAUUGUGAUGCUUGGAGAAGGUGAAUGAAUUUAAAUUAAUAAUUAGGAAGAGUAGGCAAGACUUGUUUAACUUUAAGAUAUUGUUAAGAUCAAUUUAAUGAGAAUUAAGAAUCCUCUGUAAAUGCUACAUAUUUUGAUAAAGUAGUAGACUUAGGAGGUGGUAAAGAAAUUAAGUUAGCAAUAUGGGUACUUAAUAUAUAUAAAUAUCUAGGAUACUGCUGGUUAAGAAAUAUUUCAUGCAUUGACCACUGUUUAUUAUAGAGAUGCAUAUGGAGCUGUACUUGUUUAUGAUGUUACUUAUAAAGAGUCAUUUCUUAAGGUAGAUCAUUUCAUUGAACUUCUAGGUAGAAAAAUGGGUUGAAGAAUUAAGACAAUUUGGAACUAAAGAUAUUUCAAUUGUUGUUGCAGGAAAUAAAUGUGAUAUGAAGAAUUAAAUGCAAAUUGAUAAAAAUGAAGUUGAAGAAUAUUGUAAAAAGAUAGGUGCUAAACAUUUCUUUACAUCUGCUAAAGCUGGUAUAGGAAUUGCUGAAUUGUUUAAAUCUUUAGGCGAAAGUAAUUCAUUAUUUCACCAAUUUAGGUAUCUCAAUUAAAGUUUAAACUUAAGAAAGUAAAGGUAAGAAAAAGAAAGGUCUCUAAAUCAAAGAUGUUAAAGACUCUAAGAAAUCAAACUCUAAAAAUGAUGGAUGUUGUUGAAUUAAAAUACGGA